AUGCGAGCCCUUUGGGCUUUGUCCCCGCUAUUCUUCUUGGCCGCAAGGGCUCUGCCUGCUGCAAGCGAGACUACCUCUCCUUCAUCGUCAAUUCCUGCGUUGAGCUCUCCCGCUCCUACUGCGAUUGCAGCGGCACGGGGAAAUCCCUUCAAGGGACAUCAGCUCUAUGUCAACCCGUACUACAAGUCCGAGGUGGAGAAUCUUGCUAUCCCAUCUAUGACCGGUUCGCUGGCUGAGAAGGCCAGUGCUGCGGCGAAUGUUCCGUCUUUCCAUUGGCUGGAUACGGCCGCCAAAGUGCCCACCAUGGGCGAGUUUCUGAAGGAUAUCAAGAGCAAGAAUGAUGCCGGGGCAAAUCCCCCAACUGCCGGUACCUUUGUCGUAUACGACCUGCCUGACCGUGACUGUGCAGCACUGGCUAGCAAUGGAGAAUACCUGAUCAGCGAUGGCGGUGUUCAGAAAUACAAGGCGUAUAUCGACUCCAUCCGCGAACAGAUUGAGAAGUACUCGGAUACUCAGAUCAUCUUGAUCAUUGAGCCUGAUAGCUUGGCAAACCUGGUAACCAACCUGAACGUGCAAAAGUGCGCCAACGCCAAGGACGCCUAUUUGGAAUGUACCAGCUACGCUUUGAAGCAGCUGAAUUUGCCUAAUGUUGCUAUGUACCUUGAUGCCGGUCAUGCAGGAUGGCUAGGCUGGCCAGCAAACAUCGGCCCAGCAGCUGAGCUCUAUGCUUCCGUAUUUAAGAAUGCAGGUUCUCCUGCCGCUGUCCGUGGUUUGGCCACAAAUGUGGCAAAUUACAAUGCCUGGUCCAUUAACUCAUGCCCUCCGUACACACAAGGCAGCCAGGUUUGCGACGAGAAGACUUACAUCAAUAACUUUGCGCCGCAGCUCAAAAGCGCUGGCUUUGACGCUCACUUCAUCGUUGAUACAGGACGCAACGGAAAACAACCCACAGGACAAAGCCAAUGGGGUGACUGGUGUAACGUAAAGGGAACAGGCUUCGGUGCCCGCCCUACCACAGAUACUGGGGACGAGCUCGUCGAUGCUUUUGUUUGGGUUAAGCCUGGUGGUGAGAGUGAUGGAACCUCAGAUAACUCUGCGAAGCGCUACGAUGCCCACUGCGGAUAUGAUGAUGCUCUGAAGCCUGCUCCCGAGGCUGGUACUUGGUUCCAGGCCUACUUUGAGCAGCUGGUUGCGAAUGCUAACCCUUCUUUGUAA